AUGAGCAAAGCCGAAAUUCAUUCUUGGGUCAGCACUGCCCAGCAUGAAGAUGCUAGCGAUGAUGGGCAAGAGACCGUGGAUGUUGCUUCAGUGGCCAUAAACGAAGAAGAGGACUGGGCUCAUUUUAUGGUGAUAGCACAGAGGAGACUAUUGGGCGAUGGAACGCUACUUGCCCAUUUCUUCUCUUCAUUGUCCUAUCCACUCUCGCCAGCCCUAUUCACGCGCGUUCUCACACCUGCAAUAAAUGCUACAAAAUCCACCAAUCCAGUCGCCCGCUCUGGAUCCAUCCAGGUGGUAAAAUCUCUCCUCGCUCCUUCUACUCCCAAACCACAGCUUCCAGGAUCUCCGCCCAACACAUCUCCAACGACCAACUCAGAGGAGAUACAUGCACAAAACAUUCAGGCCGCACGGGACCUCAUUCUUGUCCCGCUUCAGACUGCUAAAACGACCAGCGCAGAUCAUCGCGCGACAUUAGGUGCCAUUUCUUCUGCAUUACCUAAAUCACAGGGGAAAACGAUUGACGUAUUAAGUUCGGUUGUCCCUGGCGUCGCAAAGGAUGGGAAGGAAGAUGGAUGGCCUCCGGUAGGAGCUUUGUUGAAAAGAGAUACCAAAAGAAGUGGUCACGCACUUACCAAAGAGAUGGGAAGUUCCAAAAUACCAGUUCGGCGAGCGGCAUGCGGCGGCUGUCGGAAUGCACUUUGGGAGCUUGCAAGCCAGAACGAAUCGUGGACUCCGGCUGCUGCUUCAUGCCUUGUUGCCCUUUCUCCGGCUUUUGAAAACAAUCUGAAAACGGCAUCGGCGACGCCGUUGAAUCUUCCUGCUGGUCCGUUAGAGGGCUAUGUUGCUGCGAUAGGGUUCGCGAAAGGUGGAAAGGAUGGGAUCGGUAUGUCUUUCUCGAAUACUGGUUAUCGUUUUGUAACACCGUGUGGCGGGUUUAGCAUCGAAGAACCCAGUACUCACUGGGAUUGCUGGUACUGCUGCCAAACCCUCGUUUUUGCUCUGGGACAAGGUUUGGGAAAGGUGAACGACCCAGUGGAGGAAAUAUGGCUUCUUCGCGCAGCCAUUGCGACACUCGAAUGGUUCGAGGAAAGCAAUGCGAAAAAGGCCGAGGGAGUAAACAAUGCGAAAAAGGCCGAGGGAGUAAAAUCUGCUCUUGGAGGGAUUUUUGUUUAUUGCGCAGUCCGUUCGACCCAUCACAAUACCCGGAGGCUCGCACUCGAAAAUUUAUCAAAGCUUUCCCAACGCUUCCCGAAAUCGGUUAUACCCCUUGUUGUGGAAGCCAUUGUCGCCGCAACCGAAACCAAGCCUAAAGCUGCUCCAACUACCAGCACACGAAGGCAUCCACUCCAGCCACAAAGCCUGCAGCCACCGUCAGACGAAGGUCCACAAAACACAAGCCGUCCCAAUCCUAUCACUAUUUUGCAAGCCAAGCUCUCUGCACUUUUGGCUUCCAUCACACCUAGUGCUGAACAUGUCGAAGAGCCAUUGAGGGGCGAUCUGGUGGUCGAGAUGGUGGGAGUUGCUCAUCGGGAUGCUGUUUCGACAGCUCUGGUAGAUCUUUGCUUACGCGCUAAAUUGGACCCUCAUAUUCUGGUGACGAGAAAGGUAGACCGACUUUUGGAGCUUGUUUUGCUGAAGCAGGGGGAGCAUUCCGAAGAAACUACAAAGAGUGCAUAUCGUGCGCUUAGCUCCAUCGUCUUUAUUGCUCCCUCGAUCGUACUUCCACACGUGAUCAGUGAGAUUCGGCAGUCCUUGGCUCCAUCUCAGGUCGAGGCACUAGGCGCGGUGGACUUUGCAAUUUGGAGGACUCCGAAGGGGACUAUGUUCCAUGACGUCCUUGCGAACAAAAAGGGGCCGGUGCUGAAUAACAAGAGCAAGGAUGCGGAUAUAGAAAAGUGGGAAGCCGAACUGCGCAAAACUCUCGAGAAUAAGAAGGGAGCGGCAACCAAAGCCUGUCGAAACAGGAGCAAGCCAAAUGACAUGUUGCGCGGUCUGGCAUUAAUCAAGAGCCUUGUUGCUGCUGGUGUCCCUGAACUGAGCGUCCAUGUUGCUAGUAUUGCGAAGCUUUUAUUGGACGGCGCGUUGAAGAAAGGAAGCUCCCUUGUAGGAGGUGAAGCUUUUGAGACGUACUUGGACCUGGCAAACAUGUGUUCAGACCGGUUGGAUGUUUUCAAGAGGUGGAUUGGGGUUGCGACCUUGCGUGUUUUUGAUGUUCCCGACGUGCCUGAAGAACUCAAGUUGGAGCCACUUGCUGGUCUUAUUGUUCGAGUACUUUAUCGACUUCGCUCUUUAUCCGAAAAGGCCCCUUUCGAUCCAUCAACAUACGCAUAUACGUCUCCAUUCAUCGACCAUGUUAUCCGUUCAGGGGGUAUUUCGACUGCAACUCCGGAGGAAGCACUCGAACAAGUUAGUUUAGCUAUGGAUAUCAUUCAAUUCCAUUGUGGAGAGUUUUCCGAUCCUGCGUACCCACGUAUAGAGGCGGCUCGUAGCCUCAUUCAUAUUAUUGGGACUGUGCCGAAGAUCGCUAAGAACGCAGUGUCGGCUCUUGUUGACUUGGGACAAUCCAUCUCUGCUAACGUCACAGAAGAGGAAACUAAUGUUUUACUACGGAGCACCCUUGCGCAAGAGGCUUAUGUUCGAAAUGCGUGCUUACAAGCUCUACAGCCGUUCGAUCUAACGGAAUUGGAUUGGUCUCCCGAAAUCUGGAUUGCUUGCCAUGAUGAAGACGAACAAAACGCCCGUCUUGCUCGUCAUCUUUGGGAAGAAUGGAUUAGAUAUUCCAAGUGGCUACAUAACAGAACUCCUGCCUUUCCUAGAGUCUGUGUCCACGCUCCCAGAAACAUUACCCCAAUUGAUGUUGACCCUGAGGAAUUCUAUCGCGAAAAGGCCAAGAUCCUUGCUCCAGAAUUUGACGAAUACGGUAUGGUCAUCGAAUCGAGUUUGGAUAGGGCCGAUCCCUGGCCAGCGCGAGCUGCAAUUGCGAACACCUUCCGGCACCUCGCACCUUACUUCACUGAAACAGAGGUCGUACCUUUCUUCGAGUUCUUGAUCAAGGAUGAGGCUUUGGGCGAUCGCCAUGCCGCCGUUCGGAGAAACAUGCUAGACGCAGGGCGAGGAAUCAUUGGAUUUAAAGAGUUUGAUAUCGUUGGUCGAUUGCGGCGUGCGAUGGAUGACAAGAAGCGGUUUGAGGCUCGCCAAGGAGCAGUCUUUGUCUUUGAAACGCUUUCAGCCACACUGGGAAGACUGUUUGAGCCAUACAUUCCACUUAUUCUUCCAUUACUUCUUGGAGCCUUUGGAGAUGGAACGCCAGAUGUUCGAGAGGCAACAAUCGAUGCUUCGAAAGUUAUUAUGGCGAACAUGUCCGGUUAUGGUGUCAAAUUAAUCUUGCCUACACUAUUGGAAACACUCGAGGAAAAGCAGUGGCGGACGAAAAAAGGUCUAUCGAAUUGCUUGGAUCCAUGGCUUACUGUGCUCCGAAGCAGUUGUCCGUUUCGCUACCUACAGUCAUUCCCCAGCUUACAAAGCUUGAAGCAGUUCGGAGAAGUUAUCAACAACCCUGAAAUUCAGUCAUUGGUGCCUACACUACUCAAGGCUAUGGUGGACCCCGACAAAACUUCGAAUGCAUUGACCAAUCUACUGAAAACUUCGUUUGUUCAUUAUAUUGACUCUCCAUCGCUGGCUUUGCUGAUACCCAUUAUCGUUCGAGGACUAAAGAGCGCUCAUCUGACACUAAACGAGCUGUCAAAUCGUUGGCAAUUUAUCCUCUUUGACCGAUUCAAAGGAUUUAUUCCAUACCUAUCACAACUAAUGCCACUUGUCCAUAUCGUUUUGGUCGAUCCUGUACCCGAAGCACGAGCAACGGCCGCGAAAGCGCUUGGAACUCUGAUCGAGCGUCUUGGAGAGGCCAAUUUCCCUGAUAUGGUCGAGAAUCUCUUACAGACACUUAAAACCGAUACAUCUGGUGUUGAUAGGCAGGGUGCUGCUCAAGGUCUCUCAGAGGUGCUUUCCGGCCUUGGUAUGGAGCGCAUGGAAGGUUUGCUGCCUGAAGUUAUUGCCAGUAUUAGCAGCCCAAGGCCCUAUGUUCGCGAAGGAUUUAUGUCCUUGCUUGUGUAUCUUCCUGCGACAUUUGGCCAUCGAUUCACCCCUCAUCUAUCGCGUAUUAUUCCACCGAUUCUCAGUGGAUUGGCAGACUCGGAAGAAAGCGUUCGCUCAGCAUCAAUGAAGGCCGGUCGAAUGAUUGUGACUAACUACAGCUCCAAAGCCAUCGAUUUGCUUCUUCCAGAGCUCGAGAAAGGCAUGUUUGAUUCUGGUUGGCGCAUUAGGCACUCUUCCAUCACUCUUGUCGGAGAACUACUCUUCCGUGUGUCCGGUAUCAGCGGAAAAGCAGAAAUCGAAGAGGACGAAGAGGAAGCUAUCGAUACUACCGCGGCCGAGAGCUCGCGGCGUGCGCUCACUGAGGCACUCGGCAAGGAGCGUAGGGACCGUAUCCUUGCAGCUCUGUAUAUCGUUCGUCAAGAUGCUGUUGCAGCCGUUCGUGUUGCUUCGAUUCAUAUCUGGAAGGCACUCGUCGCCAACACACCUAGAACUGUUCGCGACCUGCUCCCAACGCUCAUCGACCAGAUCGUCAAUCUCCUGGCAAGCCCAGAUUCAGACCAGCGCGAGACGGCAGGCAGGACUAUUGCAGAACUGUGCCGCAAACUCGGCGAAAAGAUCCUUGGAGAAAUUGUACCAUUGUUGCGCACCGCGGCUACUUCGCCCAAUCCUGCUACUCGCGAGGGUGUCUGCCUGGUUCUCACAGAAAUUAUGCUCAACACGACAGAAUCUCAGCGCGAAGGCCACGAAGCAGAAAUCACCGCCGCUGUUCGUGUCUCGUUAGUCGAUUCCGAACCAGCAGUGCGAGCCGCGGCAGCUCAGGCAUUCGAUGUAUUACAAGAACAUCUUGGUGCCCAGGCUAUCGAUCAGACUAUUCCAACCCUGCUGGAGGCGCUACGAGACUCGAGCGACAGUUCGGGUACGGCUUUACAAGCGCUCAAGGAGGUUAUGAUGGUAAAUUAUAACCCUAAAAUGUUAAGGUUGUUUAUUAACAAUACAUACAGGUCCGAGCUACAACUGUAUUCCCUGUUCCAUUCCAGCAAGCGAUUGACGGCCUUGGUCAAGUCUCUCGAAACGGAAAAAGACGAAGAGACACGAGAGGCAGUCAGCGAAGCUACUACUGCCCUACUUGCAUCGAUUUCAGAUGCCGAAGGUCUGAAUACAUUGAUGAUGCUCCUGCUCAGCUGGGUGAAACACGACAGCCCUCGCCGCCGCAUAAGCGCUCUCGAAUUCUUUGGUAUAUUUUGCAAGAAUACCGAGUUGGACUUUGAGAUCUACAGGGUAGACUGGAUCCGAGUGCUUGUCCCCAUGCUUGAUGACUCGGACGAAAGCGUGAUCGAACCGGCGUGGAACGCGCUGGACGAAUUCGUCAAAUCUCUCGGCAAAGAUGAUCUAGAGGGCCUUUCGGUUCCGCUCCGUCGUGCACUUGAAUCGACGGGUGCACCAGGGAGAUAUGUUCCUGGCCUCGGACUGCCCAAGGGCUUGUCCCCAUUACUUCCUAUUAUCUUUGCGGGUCUUACGACAGGGAACAGCGAACAACGCGAACAAUCAGCAUACGCCAUCGGAGACCUUGUCACACGUACUGAAGAAUCAGCACUCAAGCCAUUCACAACGCAACUCACGGGUCCCCUCAUUCGUGUUAUUACACAAGCGACGACCUAUCCACCAGCCGUCAAGAGUGCGAUCUUUGAAAGUAGACUCCGAUGA